AUGUAUUCCGAGACGAUGCGGGCCUUGAGGCGCACGACAAAUAUGAACGUGAAGCACGCCGUGGCCCACGUGGACGACCCGUGCGAAGUGCCGGUGACGAAUUGUUUCAUCGCUGACGCGCUUCUGAGGGCGAAAGCGGGCACCUUGCCGCAGACGGACCGCGUGUCCAUGUCCCAGUCUAGCAUCGAGGAGCCCAGCACGCUCGCGGACUUGGGGGCCACCGCCGCACUUGCCAGUCUCGAUGCUGGCGCCAGUAGUGCCUGUCACCUCAACGUCGGGAGCCUUGGCCACCCCGAAAUGUGCGUCCGGCCGUGCUUGUACUUUUCGCGGGGCCAGUGCACAAACGGCAGCGGGUGUAGGUUCUGCCACUACCAGCACCCGGCCAGGCCCGUGCACCUCGGGAGGCCGCACAGGAAGACGCUGGAGGCGGCGACAGCGACCGAGUGCCUCGGCUGCGCCCUUCCCAUCCUCCAAAAGAAACUGGUCGCGCUGAACUUGGCCACGGACUCGCUCAAGACGUACGCCAGCCAGCAGCGCGCCGUGCCUGGUGGCGCCGCCGCCGACGCUGGCAGCAGAGUCAAGCCUCGUGAGCUGCGGACUUUGGAGAAGGCUUUUGGAGCUCUGUCCAUGCGGUCACUACUGGUGGUGCUGCAGAGGAAGGUGGGGGCACAGGCCUCGCGCGAGAAGGUCCUUGUGGACGCGCUGCUUCUGGAGCUACGCGACGUGGGCUUCCUCGUUGACGCUGGGGACCAGGCCCUGGAGGACGCCUGA